ACUUCAGCUACUCAAUCUUCAUCUGGACUAUCCAUCUUCCAUUUGGAGGCCGAGUAUUAUGUUUAAUAUAGAGGAAUAUAACAGGUACAUCGACGAAAUCAUCCCGAAAUCAAUGGAGUUGUCACCCAAGAAUGCUAAUCAAGUCGGAAACAUGGAGGAGGAGGAGGAGGAGAUUUCAGAUAGUUUUCCCAAACUGAGUGAAAUGUAUUACUACCUCUCUAACACAAGUUACAACCAACAUGAUCAGAAGCUUUGUCUCAGUUCCUUCCCCACCAGUGGCCAAACUAGCAGAUCAGAGCAGCUUGCAGCUAUAGAGUUGUUGUACCCGAAUACUCAAACUUAUGAUAGGUUUCAAUGUGCAGCCCCAGCUUCAUAUUAUAAUUUAAACCAUGUUCCAAGAACAAGUAUUCCCAACUUGCAAUUAUCUUCACUGGUUUCAAAUUCUUUUGGCUUGAACUUAUCUACGGGUCUUAUAAGCAAUACAAAUCGCGGUGGAGGUUGUGACGAGUCUUUGGAAGAAAGCAUCUUUUUAAGCAAUGAUCACAUGCAAGAUCAAUCAAGCAUCCCGAAGCAAACAUCAUCAGCCUCUGGGAAUGAAGCUACCAGAACAAAGAGGCUUAAUAAUAUCCAGAAGGAGCAGCCAUUUCCUGAUCAAGCAGCUAAGAAGUGUCGAUUCUUAUCAAAGUCUUCAUGUCCAGCACUCAAGGUUCGAAAAGAGAAAUUAGGGGACAGGAUUGCAGCUCUUCACAAGCUGGUCGCACCUUUUGGCAAGACUGAUACAGCUUCAGUAUUAACAGAAGCUAUUGGGUACAUCAAGUUCCUCCAAGAUCAAAUUCAGACAUUGAGUGUGCCUUGUAUGGAAUCAUCCGGAAGCAAGCCUCGUAGAUUAACUAUGCAACGGAAUUCAAGAAUGGAUGAGAGAAAGCAGGAAGAGCAGCAGAUGAAUGGUCUCAGAAGUAGAGGGCUGUGCCUUGUACCCUUAUCUCUUCACACAUCUCUACCUACAAUGGAGGGAUAUCUAUCUGACCACUGUUAAAUAAAUUCCCAUAGAGGCACUUGAAUAAGGGAAAUGAUGCUGAAAAUGGAGGGAAUACUGAACAUUAUUAAUGGAAUUCUUGGAGAACAAGGGCACAUACAGCUAACGAAUUUCUGUUUCCAGGUUAUGGAGUUUUCUCUCUCACUUACUCACCAAGUAUAAGCUGUAAGAAUGAAUAUUUGUGAAAAAUGUCACAGUUUAGUCAUUUCGUAAAAAAAUUUCGCUCAAAUAGGUUGUAUUAUUUCGUUUUCAAGAGGAGUAACAGAUGCGAUUAGGAGUCUCAUGAUCUCACCAGUGAAACAUUAUCGGAGUGGCUUUUGGAUGCUCUCCUUUUCUCCCAACCCUUUUUUUUAAAAUAGCAAAAAAAAAAAAGAAAGGUUGUGUUAUUCGCCUGGUGGUGUUUUUUCCUUUUCUGUCUCCCCCUUAGUGGCCAUGAAGCAUCAUGUGAUCUAGGUAAUGGUAUGACACUG